GGGCUCCGCUCCCCGCCGGGCUCGGCGCUGCCGGGGCUCGCCAUGCAGCGCUUCACCGUCAACAUCAAGCUGCCGGCGCGGACCCUGACGGGCGCCCUCAGCGCGCCCAACCGGGGGGCUGCGGACUGGGGCUGGCAAGGUUUGAUUGCAUAUGGAUGUCAUUCCCUUGUGCUGAUAGUGGAUGCCAAUACUGCUCAGACUUUACAAGUUCUGGAAAGACACAAAGCUAGUGUUGUCAAGGUUAAAUGGGCUAAAGAAAAUUACCAUCACAACAUUGGCUCCCCGUAUUCCCUACGUUUGGCUUCUGCUGAUGCCACAGGGAAAAUCAUUGUGUGGGAUGUGGCAACAGGAGCAGCUCGCUGUGAAAUACAGGAGCAUUCCAAACCAAUUCAAGACAUGCAGUGGCUGUGGAAUCAAGAUGCUUCUAGAGAUUUGCUGCUUGCAGUUCACCCACCUAACUAUAUUGUACUGUGGAAUGCAGACACAGGCACCAAACUUUGGAAGAAAAGUUAUGCUGAAAACAUCCUGUCUUUCUCAUUUGACCCCUUUGAUCCAUCACACUUAGCUUUGCUCACCAGUGAAGGAAUAGUGUUCAUCUCUGACUUCUCUCCUUCCAAAGCUCCUGCCAGCUCAGGGAAGAAAGUUUACAUCUCUAGUCCCCAUUCCAGUCCUUCUCACAACAAGCUGGCUGCUGCUACAGGGGCCAAAAAGGCCCUUGAUAAAGUAAAAAUCUUAAUCAGUAAUGAAAAACCGAGUGCUGAGUCUGUGACACUCAAUGACUGUCUCCAGUUGUCAUAUUUGCCUUCCAAGAGAAACUACAUGCUGUUAUUGUACCCCAGAGAAAUUCUGAUUCUUGACCUGGAAGUGAAUCAGACAGUGGGUGUGAUUGCAAUUGAAAGAACAGGCGUGCCUUUCAUACAGGUAAUUCCUUGUUUCCAGAGGGAUGGGUUGUUUUGCCUCCAUGAAAAUGGUUGUAUAACUCUGAGGGUUCGCAGAUCCAACUGCAGCAUAACUGGAACUCCAAGUGAAGAGCCAGAUCCAGAGCCAGUUCAGGAGCUGAUUUAUGAUUUAAGAAGUCAGUGUGAUGCCAUCAGGGUGACCAAAACAGUGCGACCCUUCAGCAUGGUGUGCUGCCCAGUGAAUGAGAACUCUGCAGCUCUCAUAGUCAGUGAUGGCAGGGUGAUGAUCUGGGAAUUAAAAUCCAGUGUUUCCGGCAGAAAUAUUCGGAACAGCAGUUCAAGUGCAUCACCUUUGUAUUCCCCAGUCUCCUUCUGUGGAAUUCCUGUAGGAGCAUUCCAAAAUAAACUUCCAGACCUCUCAUUAGACAACAUGAUUGCAGGGCAAGGUGCAGGUGCUGGAGAAGAGCAGUUAAGGAGCUCAUUUCUGCAAGAAGUGCACCUCAAAUUCCUGCUGACUGGACUCCUCUCAGGGCUCCCUCUGCCUCCGUUUGCCAUCCGCAUGUGCCCACCCCUUACAACAAAGAACAUCAAACAGUAUGAGCCAAUCCUGGCUGUUGGUACAAGUAAUGGCUCUGUCCUGGUGUUUCACCUUACAAGUGGAGUCUUACACAAAGAGUUAAGCAUCCAUUCCUGUGAAGUCAAGGGGAUUGAGUGGAUAAGCUUGACUGGAUUCAUUUCCUUUGCCACAUCAACACCCAACAAUCUGGGCCUGGUCAGGAAUGAGCUGCAGCUGGUGGACCUCCCAACAGGCAGGAGCGUUGCCUUUCGUGGGGAGCGAGGCAAUGACGAGCCAGCCAUCGAAAUGAUAAAGGUGUCUCAUUUGAAGCAGUAUCUGGCUGUGGUAUUUAAAGACAAACCACUGGAGAUCUGGGAUGUCAGAACCUGCACUCUGCUCCGAGAGAUGUCUAAAAACUUCCCUACAGCAACUGCUUUGGAAUGGUCACCUUCCCAUAACCUAAAAAGCCUGAGGAAGAAGCAGUUGGCAGCCCGGGAGGCCAUGGCCCGGCAGACGGUGGCAUCAGACACCGAAGUGACCAGCGUGGAAUCCUCUGUCAUCAGCUUGUUACAGGAAGCUGAAAGUAAAUCGGAGCUGAGCCAGAACAUUUCUGCCAGAGAGCACUUUGUGUUUACAGGUGCUGAUGGGCAGGUUUAUCACCUCACAGUAGAAGGAAACUCAGUAAAAGACAGUGCAAGAAUUCCUCCUGAUGGAAGUAUGGGUAGCAUUACAUGUAUUGCUUGGAAAGGGGAUAUACUGGUUCUUGGAGAUGUUGAUGGAAACUUAAACUUCUGGGAUUUGAAAGCUAGAGUGUCCAGGGGGAUCCCCACACACAGGAGUUGGGUGAAGAAAAUCCGAUUUGCCCCAGGGAAAGGAAAUCAAAAACUUCUUGCCAUGUACAACGAUGGGGCAGAAAUUUGGGAUUCCAAAGAGGUACAAAUGGUGAGCAGUUUAAGGAGCGGGAGGAACGUGAAUUUCCGGAUCCUGGAUGUGGACUGGUGCACGUCUGACAAGGUGGUCCUGGCAUCAGAUGAUGGAUGUAUCCGAGUCCUGGACUUGUCCAUGAAACCCUCCUGCUUCAGGAUGGAUGAACAGGACCUCAUAGAACCUGCCUGGUGUCCCUAUCUGCUUGUUCCAAGGGCUUCAUUAGCUUUAAAAGCAUUCCUGUUGCAUCAGCCAUGGGAUGAGAAAUAUUCUCUGGAUAUAAUGGACGUAGAUUAUCCAGAGAAUGAAAAUAUUAAAAACCUUCUUCAAGAGCAGUUAAAUUCAUUGUCCAAUGACAUAAAGAAACUUCUGCUUGAUCCAGAUUUCACUCUCUUGCAAAGGUGUCUCCUGGUUGCCAGGCUGUAUGGGGAUGAAUCUGAACUGCAUUUCUGGACUAUUGCUGCCCACUAUUUGCACAGCCUGUGCCAGGAAAAACCUGAGAAACCCAGAGACACAGUAGUCCCUCAGGAACAGCUGGUUAAUCCUUUGGAUAUCUGCUAUGAUGUACUGUGUGAAAAUUCCUACUUCCAGAAAUUCCAGCUGGAAAGAGUAAAUCUCCAAGAAGUGAAGAGAUCAACGUAUGAUCAUACCAGGAAAUGUGCUGAUCAACUUCUCCUCUUGGGCCAGACUGACAGAGCAGUGCAACUGUUGUUAGAAACCAGUUCAGAGAAUGCACAUUAUUACUGUGAUUCACUCAAAGCUUGUUUGGUCACAACUGUCACCUCAUCAGGUCCCUCUCAAAGCACCAUUAAACUGGUAGCAACCAACAUGAUAGCCAAUGGAAAGCUUGCAGAGGGUGUCCAGCUGCUGUGUCUCAUCGACAAGGCUGCUGAUGCCUGUCGCUACCUGCAGACCUACGGCGAGUGGAAUCGUGCAGCUUGGCUGGCAAAGGUCCGUUUGAACUCGGAGGAAUGUGCUGACGUGCUGAAGCGGUGGGUGGAUCACCUUUGCUCUCCACAAGUCAACCAGAAGUCCAAGGCCAUUCUUGUCCUCCUGUCUCUUGGAUGCUUUACAAGAGUGGCAGAGAUGUUGCACAGCAUGAGGUACUUUGAUAGAGCAGCUUUAUUUGUAGAAGCUUGUCUGAAGUACGGGGCAUUUGAAGUUAAUGAUGAUACAAAUAAGUUGAUCCAUGCUGUGUAUGCAGAUUAUGCCAGAAGCUUGAAGAUGCUGGGCUUCAAACAGGGAGCUGUUCUCUUUGCCUCCAAAGCAGGAGAAGCUGGGAAAGAGUUACUGACUGAACUCAAACAGCCCAAGGAGGAAGUGACUCAGGAGUAAGAAUUUCAUGUUUGUCAGCUGAUCUGGCUUGUCAGACUGAGAUUCCACUGUGUGAAAAUACAUCUUUCUCUUGGAUCACUCUAAUAGCUGAUUUGUGUGAUUUGAGCCCAUACUGUUAAAUGUGUUUGAAGUCAGAAUUAAGAACUGUGGCGUUGUUUCUUUUUGGUAAAAUUGUCUCCACUUUCACAAGAGGGGAAAGAAGCCUGUGAUAAAAUUAUACAAGAAUAUUUCAACUUCUUCAACUGUAGCAGGAAUGAGAUUUUAAAGUGUGCUGAAAGUGUUGCAUACCUGUGUAAAAGUCCAGUCCAUUUACUUCUAAAAAUCAAACCUUUAUAGGACUUCAGUACUGUUGUAUUUAUAUGUAUAAAUGAUUGAGCCUGUACUAUAAAAUUAUAAAUAUAUUUAAAAAUAAACACAGAUCACAAAGCACAUGGUUCUUCCCUGGAACAUUGUGUUUUCUCAGUCCAGUUUUUCAGUUUAAAAUUCCUGUUAUUUCAGAUCAGUUCACUGUACUGUCAUUUCAUAACUGUCUGGAAUGGAAUCUGUAACAGGUUCACUUACCAAUGUUACUCUCCUGACAUUCCAAAAAUCCAUGAGAUGUCCUUUUUUUUCAAUUAAGGUGUUGUUCUGUUCCAUGUUAGUGUUAAGUGUGCACUCCCUGCACAGCUUGGGAACUAAAUUCUGCCUUGUGUUGCCUGGGUCAUGGGAUCAAAGGCUGGGAGAAGUAUCCCAGGAGCAGCAGGGUGGGCUCCUGCAGGACAGGCAGGACACUGCUGGUGCUGCCCCAGUCACUGUUUUGUUUGUUAUUUGAAUGUGUGAUUAACAAUAUGAUCCAAAAAGCCAAAAUUCUGGCUUUUUCAUUAGAUCCUUCUAACCCUAACACAUCUGAUGAUCCAGAUACUCGAGGAUGCCACCAAAAUCAUAUCCUCCCAUUUGUCUGCCAGCGUUUCAGUAUUUAAGUAUUUGUUUGCAUUAUUGUUUCUUGUGUCAGAUGUAUCUUUUCUGUGUGUUACUGGUGAGGAAUUUUACAGCUGGGGAGCUGUAAAAGUGACAUUGCCCUUGCAAAUUGAAGACUGUGGCGUGGGAAAAAUAGUCUGGGCUAAAAAAUUAAGUUCUUCCUUUUCCCACCUUUUUGGAGCUACUGAAGUUUAAUAUGUUGUAGUGAAAAGAAUCAUGUAAAAUGUCUCUCGUUUGAAUGUAAUUGGUGGCUUAUCUACUUAUCUAAUCCAAUCUACACUGGAUUCUCCUUAUGUUUGAGUAUUGUGGAUAUGUGUUCUACAUUCCUUCCUGGAGGAGCAUCAGCUUUGGGACAUCUCUAACUGCACAAACUUUUUGGUUCAAAUCUAAAAUAACGUUUCCAAUAAAACUGGAAAAGUUGGACUUGUCAAUAAUCUUGUGGAAUAUAAAUUGAAAACGUGAGUUUCAUCACUCUGAGUAGAAAAGUGAGAGUUAUAAUUGCAAUGUAUCUUCUUUUUUCCUGCCACAUCUUACAUAGAUCAUAAAAUACUUUGUUCAGUGUAUGGUGAACUGUGUUCUAGUUACUGUAGCUUGGGAAAAUAAGUACACAAGAAAAUUUGCCUUAAGUAUUAACUGGUGAGAAACAGAAUUAAGUAAAAUUUGACUGUCAUUACCAGUGGCCUAAAUUCUGUCUCACAUUGACCACUCCAACACUCCUCAAUCUCUGCUCUUAUUUUUCCCAGCAGUGCUCGUGGAUGGGGUUACUCCAGAGUUACUGUGAGCACACACAGGCUUGUUCUGUGACAGAUCAAGUUCAGUUGUUUGUCAGUGAGUCUCUGGAAUAAAUCUGCUUUAAUAUACAGUUGGAUUUGUAACUGAUGUUUUUAAGGAAACACAUUUCAAAGGCCUUUUAAUACUGAAUGUUUCUAUAAAGUGUGCAGGCUGCAGAAUACUGUGUGACAUCCCCUUGAUGAUGAAAAUGGAGUGUAAAAGUGAAAAGUUUAUUUAGAUAAUGUUGCAGUCUCACUACAAUAAUAAAAAGAUUUUUAAAA